AAUGAUUAAUGAGAUGGAUUAUAAUGUCCUGGUAAUGAGCGUUUGUACAGGCACGUAAACCCAGACUCUGUGUAUGUGGCUUCGUGAUGAUUCUUAGAUUUUGGUUCAAGUGAACACGGGCAAGAGCAUCUUCCAGCUCUGCCAUUGCAAAGGAGAAAAAAAAAGGAAAAAUCCGGUUGAGGAUGUACAUAGUGACAAAGGAAAUUAGGGUGCUUGCGGGCAGACUGGAUCAACCUGCACAGCGGUCGCCGUAAACGUGGUGGGUAUCCAGCCAUCCCACUUAAGAAAUGGUAACGUAUGCCCGGGCCCUUGGCUCCGCGACAUGGGGUAUAGAAACGAAAACGGGGUCAGGACUGCCCCAGAGAUCAGAUGCAGACUGUUUUCCUCUGACAAAGAUAUUCGAGGACCAUGCAGAACAAAGGAAAUCGCUUGAACGCCCCGGUGUAAUCGAAAUAAAGAACAAGAAGAGAAAAAGUUAAACGCCAAUGCUGUGGGGAUCCAAUGCCGAUGCAGCAAGUAUUGAUAAACGCCAUGAAUCGAUCCGCCGUCAAGUUAGUUUGGUAUCGUAAUUUCGGCCAGAGGCCUGGGUAUGGGUUUAGUAAGAGGCAAGGCGACGGGUACUCGCCCGAGCGCCGUCCAGUGAGUCGCUGCCAAGGCAGAAGAUAUUGUUUCCGCUUCUUGACCGGCUCAUGGUUGUAGG